AGCGAAUAAAGCAUUUGUUGGAAAAGGACAUUUAAAAAUCAGGUGAAGUUAAGUUUUAAAAUAAAUAAUCCGUCAUUGAAGGAUACACUUGAUCUCUUGAAUCUACUAUGUUUUCUGGACUAUUUGAGGUCAAAGUAGGUCAUAUGUGGAGAGUCAACUGUUUGUUAAGGACUAGGUUGAGGAAACACCAGGAACAUUGGCUUUCGGGUUGUUGAACAUUGUAUGAAGCAUCAUGCUAUCCAAGGAAGAAAAAUCGAUUAUCAAGCAAUGGUUGUGUCAGUUUCAACUAUCAAAUCCCAUUCGAAAAGUGAGCCGAGAUUUGUCUGACGGUGUAUUGGUAGCGGAACUUCUGCAUCAGUUGUUUCCCCGAAUGGUUGAUUUACACAAUUAUACCAAAGGGUUCGCCGUCGCUCGUAAACUGGACAACUGGGAGACCCUCAAUAGAAAGGUAUUGAUGAAGCUAGGCAUUUUCCUAACUCCAGAUAUUAUACAUUCCGUUGCCAGUGGAAAUCAGGAUACGGUGUUCGAUGUAUUGUUGGAAAUCAUGAUCAAGGCGGAGCAGCAUGACAUCCAAUGCUUGUAA